CAAUUAUGUACUGUACAUACUAAACUCUCUUAGUUGUGUACUUAUAGAAAAGAAAAAUUGCCUGUAUAAUGAUUGUUUUAAUCAGUUGAAAAAGAGACAAUGUUAUUGAUUUGUCAAAAAUCAUCCUGUUUAUUGUUCAAAUUAUUUUUAUAUUACUACAUCUACCUUUGUGAUGCUGAUAAUUUUUCUAAUUUGGCUAUGCCACAAACUAAUGCCCCAGUGUAUGAUAAACAUGAUUCAUCUCCUCUUCAAUCAGUAGUAUCAUCAUCAUCAUCAUCAUCAUCUAAUUCUUCGUCUUCUUCUUCGUCUACAGAACCGAAUCGAUUAAAUUUAUUUCAUUUAAUUGAAGAAUCACCAAAUGGUACAGAGAUUAUUGGUGUGUCUGAAUAUUUACAUCAAUAUAUUUCAGUUAAUUUACAACAGUUUUUCACAAUUAAUAUUAUAAAAAAUGAUAUAAAGAAUAAUCAUAAUAAUAAUAAUAAUGAUAAUAAUUUCUUUAGUAAUGAUAAAAUUCAAUUCAAUUUUCAAUUACUUGAUAUACAUGAUCCUUUAACAAGUUCAUUAGAUUUAAAUCCACUCACUGGUAAAUUGACAAUUCAAAAACGUGUUGAUCGUGAAUCAAUAUGCAGUGGGGAUAGUGUGAGUGUCAGUAGCAGUGGUGUGAUGAGUAGUAGUAGUAGUAGUAGUAGUAGUUCACGAUUGCCAGUAAAUGGACGUCCACCAAUUUUCUUACAGAAUACAUUGGAUAUUAAUAAAUAUUUAACUAAUUUAGGAUAUUUUACAAAUCCUACACAUAUGAUAUCAAGUAAUUUGAAUAAAAAAUGCAUUAAAACACUGAAUAUUUUAUCGACAACACAAAUAUUAGAAUUUAAUGAAGUGGAUAUUAAAAAAAUACCUAUUGAUUUAUUAAUUAUCGAUAUAAAUGACAAUAAUCCAGCGUGGAUAUCAAUUAAUAAUGGGAUGAAUUAUAAUGGUAAUAAUAAUCAUUAUAAUCAUACUACUACUAGUAAUCAUGAUAAGAUACCAAAUAUUAUUGUACAAAUAUCAGAGAUACCAAAUAAUGCACAACAACGAUAUCAGCAACCACAACAAAAGCUGCAAUCAAGAACUAGUUUACCACGUGCUUAUGAUCCAGACGAAGGAAUCAAUAGUCAAUUGACAUAUCAUCUUCAACCCAUUGAAAAGUCAUUAGAUUUUAGAAACGAUCAUGUGAAUAGCCAAAAUGAAUAUAUUCCAUUUAUUCUAGAAGACAUUCCUAAUGGUCCUUUAGAACUGCUUUCAACUGUGAAUUUAGAUUAUGAACAAAAACAAAAUUAUGAAUUUUAUGUAAUAGCUACAGACAAUGGUCUACCACAACGAACUGGUACUGCAUUAAUCAAAAUCAAUGUAAUUGAUGUAAACGAUCAUGCACCAAUAUUCGAUCGACUUAUAUUCUAUCCACCGAAUAAAUCAAUCUCGGAAAAAACAUUACCUGGUACAAUUAUAUUAAAUUUAACAGCUUCAGAUCAAGAUGUCUCAUCAAUAAAUAAUCGUAUACAUUAUACAAUGAUACCUGGAACAUUAGCUAUGAAUUAUUUCAAUGUCCAAUUGAAUGGUUUAAUUGUAUUGAAACGUUGGUUAGAUUAUGAUACUAUGGAAAUGAAUUCAAUCGAUCAUCAAGAAAUGUUGAAUGCAUUAAUAUUUAAUAUAAAAUCAAAAACAACCCCAGAUGAAUUAAACAAUAAUAUUAAUAAUAAUAAUAUGAAUGUAAAUAUAAAUCAGAAUUAUAAAAAACAAUUUAUAUUUCAAGUGAAAGCCACUGAUUCUGCACCUAGACCAUAUGAACUUACUAGUACUGCUAUAGUGAUUAUUCCUGUAACUGAUGAGAAUGAUGAAGCUCCAAUGAUUACAGUGAAAUUUCUUGGUUCAUCAGAGUCAACAAGUCAUGGUGAAACAGGAGUUGUCAAAGAAAAUGUUCAACCACCCAUUCAACUAGCCUAUAUACAAGUUCGUGAUGCUGAUUUCAAUGGGAAUGAUCAAAUUAAUUGCAUGCUAACAGAUAGUGUGAACUUUUCAUUAAAACCAGUCAAUUCGUUGGAUGUGUUUCAUCAAAACAAUGAAAUUCAUAGUCACUUAGAUUUACAAACAUCACAAUUGAAUUCCGCUUCAAAAUAUGAUUACAUUUUAAAUUUAAUUACUAAACCAGAUCGUGAAAAGAAUCCUUUAUAUUAUGUACGCAUAAAAUGUAUUGAUCAAGCGUCGAACUUUAAUGAACAAACUAUUCGUUUACGUGUGUUAGACAUGAAUGAUGAACAGCCACGAUUUCAAAAAUCAAUAUAUCGAUUUGACUUACCAGAGAAUAGCGAUAAACAAUUGAAACCAUUUGGAUAUUAUCGAAUGGAUAAAGUGAAUAGGAAUAAUAAUAAUAAUAAUAAUCAUGAUCAUUUAACUAAUCAAACAUUGUCAACAAAAUUAAAUGAAACUGAACAGAAAGAACAUAAAACAGAAGGAACAGAAGAUCAUUAUGAAUAUCGAAUAGGCAGAGUACUAGCUGAAGAUAAUGAUCAAGGUGAAAAUGCACGUGUGGAAUAUUUUUUGGAUGAGUAUUUUUUAGAGAUCCGAUCAUCAGUUAGUUCAGUUUUACCAUCAGCUUAUUUACUCAUUAAUAAACAAACCACAGUAGAAGAUAAGAAUUUAUUUAUUUAUCAUAAUGAAAAUAAUAUUAAUGAUAAUAAAGCUGUUAGUCAUGAAUUAAUUCGAGUUGACCAAUUAUUUCGUAUUGAUUCACACACUGGUAUACUGUAUGCAUUAAAAAAAUUUGAUGGUGAAAAUGUCGAUAUGUUUCGAUUCAAUGUGUUCGCUUUAGAUCAACCAAAUCAAAUCACUUCAAUUCGACAUAGUGGAACAGCAAUAGUUGAAAUUAAAAUUACAGAUGUGAAUGAUUGGCCACCAUUGUUUAUAUUAACAAAUAAAUCUAAUAUGAAUAUAACAGAUACUACUAAUUACAAUCUAAUCAAUGAUCAAAGUAAACAACCAAAAUAUCAACAACAAUUGAAUCAUUUAUUUAGCAAUGAAAAUUUCACCAUUGAUCAUCAUCAACAAAAUGAUUUACAUUUUGUAAAUCAUUAUGUAUUUCAUGUAAAAGAGAAUAGACCAGCUUAUUGGUUAAUAGGACAAAUUAUGGCAAUUGAUUUAGAUGUUGAAAGUAAAGCAAUGACAUAUGGUAAUAAUAAUAAUCAUUUCAAUGAACUAACUAGACCAUCAUCUAAAUUAUCAUCUAGUUUAUCAUAUAUUACAUUAAGAUUAGCUAAUAAUUCAUCAUUAGAAAUACGUCAAACAUUUAAUUUACAUGCUACAAAUGGUUAUUUAAGAACAUUAAUUUCAUUAGAUAGAGAAAAACAAAAUCAAUAUAUAUUUAAUAUCAUUGCCUAUGAUGGUAAUCCAUCCAUAUCGUUCACAUCACAAACAUCAACAGCUACAGUGACUGUGAUUGUUGAUGAUGAAAAUGACAAUGAUCCCAUAUUCAUUAGACCGGCAAUUUCCUCCUCCUCCUCCUCCUCAUCAUCAUCAUCAUCAUCAUCAGCAGCAGCAGCUGCUGCAGCAGCAAAAUCACAAUCCAAAUUAGAUCUGAUGAAUAGUCAACACAAACAAUAUUCAAUCAAUUCAUUGAUUCAUGAUAAAAAAGAAAAUGACUUCCUAACAAAACAAUCCAAUCAUCUGAAUGUUCAGUUGCCCGCCUCCCAUGAUGAUAAAUAUGCUAAAAAUGAUGAGAAUCAAUUAAAACGAAUCAAUCAGGCUGUGAAUAAGAAUGACAAUAAUGAUAAUUUAAUCCAACAAACUAUGCAAUCGAUUUAUGAUGAUAAAUCAAAUAUACCAGUUGUAUUAGUUCAUAGAAGUGAAAAAACUCACGAUGUCAAUAGUGGUGAAGGUGAAGCCUCCAGUUUAACCGAAUCUAGACCACUGUUACAAAUUGAAGCCAUUGAUGCGGAUAUUGAUGAGAAUGCUAAAAUUACUUAUGAAAUUGGAGCCGGUAAUACAGAUAAUUUGUUUGUUCUGAAUUCAGAAACUGGCAUUCUGUCUUUAUCGCCUCAUCUUAAUUCACAGUCUGAUCACUUAAGACAAUCAUUAAGAAAUACAAAUUUGAAUCAAAAAUCUAUUCACCCUAUCUCAUAUAUGCUACGUUUUGAAGCUUGUGAUCAUGGUUUACCGAAACGUUGUGCUUCACCUAUUUGGGUACAGUUGGUAAUUGAUCCUAACGAAUUUCCACAUCUUGCUCAAUUAUCACAUGUAACCAAUUACAUAAAUCCAUCUAUAAUUAAUAACCAUGAUAAAUUAAAUGAUCCAUCUUAUUCAAUGAAUCCGACAUUUAAUGGAUACAUUGAACAGUCUAAGGUGGUAAUGUUACCUGAUCAUGUUAAUUCACAUUCAAACACUAACAACCACAUUGAUUUAAAUAAACAAACAAAUGGAAUUUUUCAUGAACAAGAAAAUUCACUUGGUAGCAUGGAAUUUAAUCAGCGUUAUCCACCAAAAUCUACACAAUCGAAAAAUAUUUGGAAUUUAAAAUCACCACUAGAUCUUCAACAGAAUAUUAAAAAUAAUAAGAAUCAAUAUCCUGAACUUCAUCAACAGUUAUUUGAUUCGAAGCGUAGAAAUCACCCUGGUUUAAUGCAACAAUAUCAUCGUAGACAUCAUGAAAACUACAUCAAUAAUGACAAUCAUAACGAUAAUAAUCAUGGAAAUAAUCAGUCUAACAGUUUUAUCAUCAGUGAAGUUGCAGUAGUUUGUUUAAUAAUUGUAUUUAUCAUUUUACUGAUCGCUAUAAUGAUAUUGGUCUGUUUGACUAGGCGGAAAACAAUGUUGUUACCAGUGACUACUCCUAAAUCUAACUUGUAUGACAGUAACAUGGAAUCGAAUCCAAACAGUUGUCACUUAAACAGCAAUCAAGACAAUAGUGAAACAAUAUGUGAGCCAAUUGAAUUAUCGAAAAAUACUGCAUCAUUCUAUCAGACAAUACCGGAUAAUAUGAUGAAUAUAACAGACAGAACAACCAAUACUCAUAAAAUGUCAUUUACUAAUGACAGAUUAAUUAGUAAUACAGAUAAAUCAAUAACUUUGUCAAAUGAUGUACUUCAAAAUCCGCUAGAUUCUUACCAUCGUGUCCGGCGAAAUUCUGAACCUCGUCUUUUGUCCAGUAGUACACUGAAUAGGCCAACACCUCAGUCUACUUUGCUGACAUCAAAACUUCAGCAUAAUUUAAAUAAAUCCACAUAUGGCCCACUUAAUUCACGUUUCGAUGUCGAAAAUGAAUAUCAGUGUUUAGCUCAAGCAAUCGAUAACAGAAUAACACAUAUUUCACGAUGUUUAACUCCAUUUUUUGAUCAUCGACCCCAUCAAACUAUUCCCAAUUCGGAAGCUAUUGGGUUAAAUCAAAUAGACAAUAAUUAUCGCAAUUUUUCAUCAAUGGAUUUACAAAAAGUAAACUCACCAGUAAAUAUAAGUCACCAGUCAGUUAUUUACACAGCAUCUACAAUAAAUAAUGAAGAAAAUGAACAAAUGUUAUCUUCUAAAACUCCUACACUAAUCUAUGCAAUGUCACCUAAACAGAAUAGACAUUCAAUGCAUUUACGAGGUAAUUCGUUGCCAGUUUAUCCUGUGAACGAAUUACAACAAAACUCUAGAAAUUUAAAAUCAUUUCAACAUCGUCUCAAACCACAACAGCAUCAAUAUCGAAACGAGCAACAUCCAAUAUCUUCCUGUCAAGAUAUUUCAUUACUGCAAGCAACAUUAAGAAGACACAAUCAUCAGUCAAUUAUGAAGAAUGCACAGAUAAAUCCUACGCUAAAUUAUGGUCAGCAUAAUGCAAAUCGGUUAAUGUGUUUAAGGGAUCCAAUUCAUUAUAAAACAUUUCAUAUCUCACAACAUCAAGAUAGUUUGCUUACAUCACCUGGAAUAAUAUAUGCGGAUAAUUUCAAAGUUUGUUUACCUAACAAGACUAGAUACCAUCAUUAUCACUUGUCAUCAUCAUUGAACGAUGAUAAAGAAUGCCAACAGUUGUUAGUACAAAGUCAUGGUGAUAUUAACGAAGAUAACGAUUAUAUUUGUGAUAAGAACAUUACAUCAAGCGAUCAGAAACCAUUGAAUAAAAAUUAUAGUAACAAUAAUAUUAUUCAUAAUAUGCAUAGUAUGAAUACAUCGACAACUUUAGAUCAAUUAGAAGAAAUGCCGAUUUAUGUAAAAUCUUCCAAGAAUCCUCACAGAAAACUAGACAAUUCAACUAUACCAUUAAAUAAUGAUAAAAACAUCUCUGUUGAUAAUAAAUUUAAUCAUAAUGAAGAUAUUGUCUGCAAUGAUACAACUAAAACUACAGAACUUCAUCCAUUUCAAUGUUCUUCACCAACUACAGUUCAUCCUUUACCAACGGACGUUGAUAUUGAUCAUCAUCAUCAUCAUCACAUGUCUGAUAAUUUGAUUAAUUCAAAGAAAAUUUUAAAUGCACAAAAUUAUGAUCUUCAGUUAAUAUCAGUCAAUCAAUUAUCGAAAUCGGUUUCAUGCAAAUAUGCCUAUAAAACAGUUAAUGAAGCCAGUUUUGUUUAAAAUAAGAAAUUUACAUGUAUUCAAUGUCCAAUGUGAACACUUUUUAAGUAUUAAACACUUAAAUAAUUUUGUAUAUUCUUUUCUUUCAUGAAAAAUUUCAUUACUUAUUAUGAUAUAUAUUGUAGCUCUAUUUAAAAUCUCAAAUCAAUUUUAUAUCUAAUGCGAUUCAAACUGAAGAAUACAGAAAUUAUAGCUUUACUGAAUAUAUCAUGUUCAGCAGUGCUGACAUGAUGUUUGUUUGGGAAAUUACUUUAAUUUCUUAAAAUCAUGGCAAACUGUAAUUGAUAUUAGAAUAAUCUCGAGUGAAAUAAAAGAAUCAUUCUUAAAACUAUUAAGAUUAUGUAAAUUUGAUCCAAUGAAAAGAUCUUACUUCUC